AUGUCUGUUCGUCGGAGAACUGUAAGAAAGCAUUUACAUGAUAAUCAGAAUAAUAAACGAUAUUCUCAAACAAUUACUGAUAAUACUGAACAACAAGAACAAAUAUCAUCUCAAUCACCUUAUAUAACAUUACUUACGAAUAAACUUGGAAUACCAAAAGAAAAAGCGGAAAGAGCAUGUGUAGCAACUGGUUUUCGUUCAGUACAAUUAGCAACUGAUUGGCUUCUUCAAAGAACUGAGGAUGAUAAAUUAAUUCGAACUGAAUUUAUCAUACUUCUUUGUCCUGAUGAACGUCUCAAUGAACAAAUACGAACAUUUGCUGGUGAAACAUUUCGUUUUCUUGUUAAAGAAACUGCAUUAAGAGAUCGACAACAUUUACGUGCUUUUAAACUAUCGAGUUUUUUUUAUGUACCUGAUCAAUUUGUUCAUACAUUACAUAAAAUAUUCGAUUCUGUUAUUCGUCAAUAUCAUAGUUUAUUUAAACAAUCAUUACGUGUUGUUUUACAUUCAACAAGUGAUUAUCUUAUGCUUAUACCAGAUAAUGAAAGUAAAAAAGUCGUUGAAAAUAUAUUCGAUAUGAUUAAACAACAAUUUGAACAAAUAGUACCAAAUGUUUCAAUAUUACCAGCAAAAAAAUUAGCUCAUUUAACACUUACUCAUGGUUUAUCAUCUUUAUUUAAUCUUUCUACUGAACAACGAACAGCAUUAUUACAACUUGGAAAAAUUUGUCUUGAUCUAGAUCGUUCUAUUAAUUGGUCUCUUCGAUUAUAUUCUCGUGAACAAACUUCUGCAAAUGAAGUUGUAUAUCGAGUUGUUGCAUCAACAAGGGAGACAACUAUUCACAAUUGUCUUUUAUUAAAAGUGAAUGAUCUAUUUAUGGUACUUGAUAAUGGUCGAACAGGCGAAGAAGAAAAUGUCUUUGGUGAGUAA